ACAGACGCGCGGAGCGAGCGGGCGAAUCAAUCGGGAAUCGGACGUGACCGAAUCAAGCGGGCAGCGUCCCUGCCCCCCCCUGGCGGGAGCCCGACGCGGGCGAAUCAACCCGGCCGCCGGCUCCGCGUUGCUUGGAGGAGGCGGGGAUGGAGCCCCGGGGACCCCAGCCGGCUCUGCGGACUCUGCUGUGGCUUCUGGUCGGCGCGUGGGUCUCAGGUCCUGCCCAGGGGAUGCAAGUCACGGUGCUGAACCCUUUCAACGUGGUGAUCCUCUUCCAGCCUGUUACCCUGCAGUGCAACUAUCAGACCUCAGCCACUCAGCCGCCCAUUGUCACCUGGAAGUAUAAGUCCUACUGCCGGAGCCGCCUGGCCGAUGCCUUCAACCCUAGCAGUCAGGCGAACCAGAUCAACAACCAGCUACAGCAGAACAAUCCUGGCUACAACCCCUAUGUGGAGUGCCAGGACAGCACUCGCACCGUGCGGGUGGUGGCUACCAAGCAGGGCAAUGCCGUGACACUGGGGGACUUCUAUCAGGGGCGUCGGAUCACCAUCACCAACAAUGCUGACCUCAGUAUUGACCAGACAGCCUGGGGCGACAGUGGUGUGUACUACUGCACCGUCACCUCUUCACAAGACCUGCAGGGCAACAAUGAGGCCUACGCUGAGCUCAUCGUGCUGGGCAAAUCAUCCGAAGUCUCAGAGCUUUUGCCAGGCUUUCAGAUAGGGCACAUGGAAGACUGGCUCUUCGUCGUCCUGGUGGUGCUGGGAUUCCUGCUCCUCUUCCUCCUCUUCGGCAUCUGCUGGUGCCAGUGCUGCCCCCACACCUGCUGCUGCUAUGUCCGGUGCCCCUGCUGCCCUGAGAAGUGCUGCUGCCCAGAGGCUCUCUACGUUGCUGGAAAAGCUGCUACUGCCGGUGUCCCCAGUGUUUAUGCUCCGAGUGUCGGUGCCCCCAGUAUCUACUCCCACCCAAACCCCGUGAAGCUAGGUCCUCCCGCCACCACAAUCCCCAUGGGCCCCAUGUCGCCCAUGUACAACGGCUAUGGGGCGGAAUACGACAGAGCCAGCUCCGUUGGAGGGAACAGCUCCAAGGUGCCCCUGCUCCGGGAUACGGAUAGUGGUGGGAACUCAGCAGUGCGGAGCGGAUAUCGGAUUCAGGCUAACCAGCAGGACGACUCCAUGCGGGUCCUUUAUUACAUGGAGAGGGAGCUGGCCAAUUUUGACCCUACGCGGCCAGGCCAGGCCAAUGGCAAGCUGGAGAAAGCCUCAGUGAUGAGUGAGAUCAGCUCCCUCCACGAAGACGACCGGCGCCAGGAGCUGCGCCAGGGGCUGGGGCGGCUGCGGAGCCGGCCCAUGUCACCCAUCAGCGACGUGGGGGAGGGGGACAGUGGGCGGGGGAGCGAGACCCGGCGCCUCGUCCCCACUCCCCGGCGGGGCGAGCGCUAUGAGGAGGAGCACUACGCCCGGCGGCCCCGCUCCCACUCUGUGGAUGACCUGGACCGUGACUGGUCCCCACAGCCUGAGGGACGGGGCAGGGGACGGGGCAGGCAGCAUCGGGACAGCUCCCCCAACUGGCGAGAGGAGGAGUACUACGGCCGGCAGCGCAGCCGCAGCAGGGACGACCUGCGGGAGCUGGAUAGGAGCCACUACGAUGGGCGGCUCCUGCAGGAGGCGCUGCGCAAGAAGGGGCGGGCUGACAGCCGCGAGGACUUGGAUGGGGGCAGCAGUUCCAGCGCGCGAUCGGGAAACAGGAGGGAUCGGGAUGAAGACGGCUUCCCCCCACCGCCGCCACCCUACACAGAAACAGAGUCGGUCUCCUCCCGGGGCAAGAAUGACCGCAAGCUCCGACGGAACCAUGACCUCAGCAGAGAGAGCUUGGUGGUUUAAAUGCAGCCUGCUUUCCUUCCCGAUCGCUUCCCAGAAGCACCACCAGUGCAGAAGAUGGAGGCCGUGGAUCUGGGAUAGUCACCUCCUUUCCUUGGAGGGCACACAGGACACUGGCUGGCCCGUUGCCACAGGGUUUGGCAAAGCAGUUGGGGCCUUGUCUACCUGAUACUUUUAUUAUGAAUUCGAUCAGUGUAUAGCCUGAGAUUUCUCAAGUCAGGCAUGGGACAGGGGCUCCUGAUUGCCACGGAAAAACAGGGCAUUACUGGGGGAAUCUGGAGUCCUUGUGGGGGAGGAAGAGGUCUCUAAAUUCAAGCCUUAAUUUUAAUAUAAUAUUUGAAAUAUUUGGACCAACUCCUCAACUGGUAUCAAUUAUCUCAGUUGAGUGACAUCUGCUUGACACCAGCUGGAGAACUGGCCUAUUAUUUUGGCUCCAAUUCCCAGCUGGUCCAUAGAACUGUAAAUUCUGUUUCCCUGGAUAUUUUCAAAUAUUUUGAUGCUUUUAAGACUAACUUUUUUCCAAAGCUGUCUUAAAAUUACAUGUAUUUUAGUGGAGUUGUGGAAUCCCAGAUGCUGUACAUACUCUUGCAAAUAGCUGGGCUGGUUUU